CAGACAUGCAGAGGUAGCACUGUGCAAGAGACGGUGCAUGCCUGGAAAAAAUAUCAGGAAGACUGUGAGAGAAAGAUGAGGACGGAUCCUCCACUGGGCGGAGUGUUUUGUAAUCGCACAUUUGAUAUGUAUGUGUGCUGGGGAGAUGCUGCUGCUAACUCAACCCAUGCAGAGCCAUGUCCAUCAUAUCUGCCCUGGUACGCUCAAGUAAGAGAUGGUCUUGUAUUCCGGCGCUGUGGUUCAGAUGGUCAGUGGGUUCGUGAUGAGACAGACGUGCCGUGGAGAGACCACUCUCAGUGUGAGAACGUUGACCCUGAACAGGAGCAGUCACAUCAUCAGGCCUGGAUCCUGUCACAGCUGCGGGUCAUGUACAGUGUGGGAUACGGCAUCUCUCUGGCUGCGCUGGUGGUGGCCCUCUGCAUCCUGACUAUGCUAAGGCGUCUCUGCUGCACCCGGAAUCUCAUCCACUGUAAUCUCUUUGUGUCGUUCAUCCUCCGCGCGGUGUCGCUGCUCUGCCGGGACGCUCUGCUGGAACAACCAAACAGCGCCAUCCAGGGCGAGGAGGACCUGACCGCUCUGCUGAGGGAAAGGACCCUGGUCGGUUGCCGCGUGGCGCAGACUAUCACUCAGUACUGUGUGGCCGCCAAUUACUACUGGCUGCUGGUGGAGGGGCUGUACCUGCACAACCUGCUGCUCGUGCUGUCCUUCUCGGAGGAGGCCGCACUCCCGCGCUACAUGGUGCUGGGCUGGGGGGCUCCGAUCCUCUUCGUCAUCCCCUGGGUGGUCAUGCGGCAGCUAUACGAGAACACGCACUGUUGGGAGAGGAAUGACAACCGCUCGUACUGGUGGAUAAUCCGCUCUCCCAUCCUGCUGGCCGUGCUGGUGAAUUUCAUAAUCUUCCUGCGGAUUCUGCGCAUCCUGGUCCUGAAACUUCGAGCCAAUCAGAUGAGGAGGAGUGACCGCAAGUACAGGUUGGCCAAGUCUACGCUGACGUUGAUUCCUCUCCUGGGGAUCCAUGAAGCCGUCUUCAACCUCAUCCCUGAGGAGAGUGCAACGGGCCGGGUGCGGUACAGUAAGCUGGGCCUGGAACUCCUGCUCAGCUCCUUCCAUGGGCUGCUGGUCGCUCUGCUGUACUGCAUCUGUAAUAAGGAGGUUCAGGCCGAGCUGCGCAGGAAGCUCCAGGACACCUUCCAAGGAGAACACCCAUCAUGUGCCCCCCGGUCCCUGCGCCCCCCCUCCCAGAAGAGCCCAUGCUGCAGAGAACCUGAUGUCUGA